AUAUUUUUCAAUAAAGGAAUAGGGACCCCAAGCGAUGGUGAAGUUAAAGCAAGAAGCUCUUCUCUCUAUUUAAGGCCUUGAGCCGACUAAAUCACUCUAUUUCUCUCUUGUCUCUACGGAACCUGUCUUGUCCCAAAAAUCCGAUUUUGAGAGUACAAACUGGGAUUUACUUGAGAGUGGGGAGGUCAGACCACUGAUAGCAAGAUGAAGCUUAUUGAUGGAAGACUUAGGCUAACGGAGCUGCUCUUACGGAUCUCCAUCAGUGUCCUCUCUCUUCUUGCGCUUAUACUGAUUGUUACAGAUUCUGAGGUCAAGCUUAUCUUCACAAUCAAGAAGGCGGCCAAGUACACCGAUAUGAAGUCGGUCGUGUUCUUGGUGGUCGCUAAUGGGAUAGCUACGGUUUAUUCUUUGUUGCAAUCAGUUCGUUGCGUGGUUGGUAAGAUGAAAGGAACCGUUUUGUUCAGCAAGCCUCUUGCUUGGACCAUUUUCUCUGGUGAUCAGGCGCUGGCGUACUUGAGUGUAGCGGCCAUAGCAACAACAGCAGAGUCUGGUAUGAUUGCAAGGGAAGGAGAGGAAGACCUCCAAUGGAUAAAGGUGUGCAAUAUGUAUGGCAAGUUCUGUAACCGAAUGACUGUAGGAGUCGCCAGCGCCUUGUUUGCCUCCAUUGCUAUGGUUUUCAUCUCCUGCAUUUCUGCUUUUAGUCUUUUCCGCUUGUAUGGUGCGACAAAAGACCGCAGAACCUCGCCGUGGUGAAAUGCGAAUGCGCUUUGUCUUUAGUAGUGUUUAAACAUGUUGUUAAGAAACAAAUAGUUAUAAAAAAAAAGUGUAGGCUCUUGUUUUCUUCUUCUUUUUCUUGAUGAUGUUCUCUAUGUGACAAAAUCAUAUGUAAAACUGGACUGAUAUGUUCUCUCUGUCAAUGUGCUAUAUAUAUAUCCUGUGAUAACAACAUGACUAUGAUAA